GAGUUAAUAGAGUUAACUGUAAAUUCAGGCCUCUUGUAAUUCUUCUGCAGACUCGCUUCCAUCUGUUCUUCAGUCAGAGUUUCAAUUUAUCUCCAUUAUUGGUUCUUAGUUCUUUUGCUUCCUUCAUCAACAGUCAACACCAGAAGAUCUAUAUUUCGUCGCACUUUUUUUGCAUUUUCCUGAAAAAUCCUCCUGCAGAAAUGUAUGAUAACCUGGGAGCACAGUCUGGGGUGCCAAGACCGCCUGGUAAUAUACAGGCAAAUCCUUUUGGAAAUGCCUUCUCUGGUGGUAGCUCAGGGUUCAUCAGAAGUGGACUAGGGGCUUAUGGAGAAAAAAUCCUUGGUUCCAGUUCUGAAUAUGUUCAAAGCAAUAUAAGUAGGUAUUUUUCCGAUCCUCAGUACUACUUCCAAGUGAAUGACCAGUACGUGAGAAACAAAUUGAAAGUUGUGCUUUUCCCAUUCCUACACAGAGGUCAUUGGACAAGAAUCACAGAGCCGGUAGGUGGCAGGCUAUCCUAUAAGCCCCCUAUCUUUGAUAUUAAUGCUCCAGAUUUGUACAUUCCAUUCAUGGCAUUUGGUACCUACGUUGUUCUUGCCGGUUUAUCGUUGGGUCUCCAGGGAAGGUUUACCCCAGAAGCUCUAAAUUGGCUAUUCAUCAAGGGGCUAGUUGGUUGGUUUUUAGAGGUUUCUUUGCUGAAGAUGACAUUGUUCUCACUGGGUAGUGGAGAGGCUCCUCUCCUAGACAUCGUGUCAUACGCCGGAUAUGCUUUUGCAGGAUUGUCCAUAGCUCUACUUGGAACAAUUAUAUGGAGCCAUUCUUACUACUUCUUGAUGCCAUGGACAAGCUUAUGCAUGGGAAUAUUCUUAGUGAAGACAAUGAAGAGAGUUCUUUUCGCAGAGGUGAGAACGUAUGAUUCAAGCCGGCAUCAUUACCUCCUCCUCUUCAUCGCCCUAGCUCAGUUCCCACUUCUCUUUUGGCUUGGAAAGAUAAGUCUUAAUUGGUUCUUUUGAGAAAGAAUGGGUUUAUCUCCACCACUAAAAUGGUUCAGCAGCUGUGAAGUGUAAUGUGAACAAUUUUGUGUAGGAUUUCCAUGUACCUGCAAUUAAAUCACAUAUUACAGGUGGUGUUAAGUGUAAUUUAUCCUAAAUUUUAUAUUUAAACUUUCUGAUUGCGCUUAAUUUUUCCUUUAGAUAUUGGUUCAUUUUCAUGUAGUUGAAGUUUUCAAUGAAAGAAGCUUUCAAGUGAA